AUGCAGAGGCUGUGUGCACAGUCAAUGCUGAAUAGACGAGGGGGGUGCCGCUCCUUCUUCCUCCUCCAGAGCGUCUUCAAUGCAUUGCGGCUACCUGGUGCUGGUGGGCAUGGAGCGGCAGUACUGGUGGCACCCAUACGCCUGGCUGGAAGUGUGCAGCUGACAAUGCUGGGCGUGUCCACCCUGCUCCUGCUCUGGGGCCUGGCCACUCCAAGCCUGGGCUUGCUUGAGACAGUCGGCACACUUGCUCGGAUCGACAAAGAUGAACUGGGCAAAGCCAUCCAGAACUCGCUGGUUGGGGGCCCUAUUCUACAAAACGUGUUGGGAACCGUGACAUCUGUGAACCAGGGCCUCCUGGGCGCAGGCGGGCUGCUUGGAGGAGGCGGUCUGCUGAGCUACGGGGGCAUCUUCAGUCUUGUGGAGGAACUCUCGGGGCUGAAGAUAGAGGAAAUUACUCUGCCCAAAGUGUCCCUCAAGUUGCUGCCGGGGUUUGGGGUGCAGCUGAGCCUGCACACCAAGGUUAGCCUGCAUGGCUCUGGUCCUCUGGUGGGCCUUCUGCAGCUGGCUGCAGAGGUGAAUGUGUCCUCGAAGGUGGCACUGGGUAUGAGCCCACGGGGGACACCCAUCCUGGUCCUUAAGCGCUGCAACACUCUCCUGGGCCACACCAGUGUGAUGUCAGGGCUGCUGCCCACACCGAUCUUUGGACUUGUAGAACAGACACUCUGCAAAGUGCUGCCUGGCCUGCUUUGCCCUGUGGUAGACAGCGUGCUAAGUGUGGUGAACGAGCUCUUGGGGGCUACACUGAGCCUGGUGCCCCUUGGGCCUCUGGGGUCUGUGGAGUUCACCCUGGCUACGCUACCCCUCAUCUCCAACCAGUACAUCGAACUGGAUGUGAACCCCAUCGUGAAGAGCAUAGCUGGUGACAUCAUUGAUUUUCCCAAGCCACGCCUCCCAGUCAAGGUGCCCCCCAAGGAGGACCAUACCUCCCAAGUGACUGUCCCACUCUACCUCUUCAGCACCGUGUUUGGGCUCCUGCAGACCAACGGUGCCCUUGACCUAGACAUCACCACCGAGAUGGUUCCUAGAAAUAUCCCGCUGACAACUACCGACCUGGCAGCUUUGGCCCCCAAGGCCCUGGGGAAGCUGCCCCCUGGCCAGCCCCUCCUGCUCUCGCUGCGGGUGACAAAAGCACCCAUGGUCGCACUGCAGAGCAAGAAGGCCACAGUCUCCAUCCCAGUGACCAUCCGUGUGCUGUCGUCUGUCCCUCAAGGAAGUACUGUAGCUCUCUUCCAGAUGAAUGGGGUUAUGACUCUAAAUGCUCAGCUGGCUCCAUCCACUACCAAGUUGCACAUAUCCCUAUCCCUGGAACGGUUGAGUGUCCAGCUGGCCUCCUCCUUUUCCCAACCUUUUGAUGCAUCCCAUCUAGAAGAAUGGCUAAGCGAUGUGGUCCGGGCAGCCUACAUUCAGAGGCUCAACGAACACCUGGAGGUUGGGAUACCCCUGCCUAAGAUUCUCAAUGUCAACUUUGCCAAUUCAGCAGUAGAAAUCAUUGAGAAUGCUGUUGUGCUGACCGUGGCACCGUGAGGCAGCAUG